AUGUCUGGAGACGGAGUGUCUCCUCUGGAGGUUACACUGGAGACUGUCCGGGCCACUGCUUCCAACUACAACAUCCCCCCAGAUGUGAAGUACGCGUACGGAACAGCUGGAUUCCGGUGUAAAGCGGAUAUAUUACCUCCUGCUGCUUAUAGAAUGGGAUUACUCGCUGCCCUCAGAGCUAAAUCAGUGAAGGCAACUAUCGGAGUGAUGGUGACAGCCUCCCACAACCCACCAGAAGAUAAUGGUCUGAAAGUGGUGGAACCCCAGGGUGAAAUGCUGCUGCCUAGGUGGGAGCAUUACUCUACUCAGCUGUCAAACACUGACUCUGCUUCUCUUGUUGAGGUGCUGCAGGACUUUUCUGAUGAGGCGGAAGUGACCCUGACGAGCUCACGUGGGAAACUGGUAGUAGGACGGGACACUCGGGAAAGUGGACCUGACAUUGUGGCUGCUGUUACUGCUGGCGCUGAAAAUUUACAAUGUAAGGUACACAACAUCGGAGUGUGCACCACACCCCAGCUACAUUGGAUUGUCAAGCAAACCAACAUCUCCAAACCUAACACUCUCCAGGACUACUACCGGACUUUUGCUGACAGCUUUAUACAUUUGUACGGAAAGGAUGAUGUGAAACACUCAAUAAAGGUAGACUGCGCUAACGGGGUGGGAGCUAUUGCCCUGCGGACCAUAGCACCUUUACUAUCCGAUCAUAUCGACAUCACUAUCUGUAAUGAUGGUUCUACUGGGAGACUCAACGAAAACUGUGGAGCUGACUUUGUUAAGUUGAUGCAGAAUGCUCCGCGAGGAGUGAACUAUGUGGAGAAUGAACAUUGUUACACAAUAGAUGGCGACGCUGACAGGUCCCUCUUCUUCUACUCUCAGGACCACAAAUUUUACAUGUUAGAUGGAGAUAAGAUAGCUACACUGUUCGCUUGGUUUCUCAACUCUCUGAUGCAAGAAGCAGAGCUCAACCUCUCACUCGGGGUAGUACAAACUGCGUACGCUAACGGAAGUUCCACCUCCUACCUUUACUCUAAAGGAAUACCUGUAGUGUGCGUACCAACUGGAGUAAAACACCUCCACAAACGAGCUGAGGAUUUCGAUGUGGGGGUUUAUUUUGAAGCUAAUGGACACGGUACUGUUCUGUUUAGUGAUACUGCCAUGGAGAUGAUCAAUAUCAGAUCAGUUCGUGAAACUAGAAAAACACAGAAGUCAGCGGUAACAAGACUCCUUGCUUUCUCCAAACUAAUCAACACCGCAGUAGGAGACGCUGUGACCAACAUCCUAGCAAUAGAAACAAUACUGAAACUAUGCAAACUAUCUCCGGCAUCCUGGAAUGAAAUGUACGCUGAUCUACCGUACAGACAAUUGAAGAUAAAUAUCAGGGACAGGGAUAUUAUCAAGACUACAGAUGCUGAACGCAAGAUAUCCUCCCCUGAGGGCAUGCAGGAGAAGGUAGACGCGCUUGUGUCAGAUUUCUCGAGCGCGCGGUGCUUUGUGCGGCCCAGUGGUACAGAGAACUGUGUAAGAGUGCACGCGGAGUGCGCAACUCAGCGUGAAGCUGAUACUUUAGCUAUGUCAGUCGGUUCCAUGGUAUUUGAUUUUACGGAAGCUUUGUAUAGUCGUUUAUAAGCUGUUUAGUUUUUAGGCUUUUACAAUUUCACCAAUCACUGUAUUUCAAGAAUCUUUUUGUGGACUUGUACAUAUCAUUUUACAGAACGCAUAGUGUGUAUAAUGCAGGGGUGUAGUAUUCCUACACCGGGUGUAGGAUGUUUUAGCAUGGACUUCUGUGGAUUCUCUUAAUAAAUAUUCUGAUAAUUUAUUGAAUAUUAAAGUCUUAUUCUUAAAUACUUAGAUGAUUAUUUGUAUGUGUAAUAAAUAAAUUUGGAAAUAGAUCGCUAAAAAUCCAGGUGGUGUUCCUCUGAAAUCUGAACUGCAAUAGUUGAUUAUAAUGUUACAAAUUUCAUUAAAUAAUUUGAAAAUGUACAUAUAAUAUGGACUUUGUCGUAAAACUGAUAUCAAUGUAAGUUUAGUAAAGAAUGCAAAGCGUUGUAAGAAUUAGCUCAAUUUGACGAAAGUUUAGAUAUGAUUGGCUAAAAAUCUGUACAUUGGCUAAAGAUCUGGACAUUUCGGCUCCCUUUAUUUUGUGUCUCGAAUUGUCGUGUCUCAACAUUCGUUCUUGACAGAUUCCAAUUUUGUCAUUAGGCUGAAAGUG